AUGGCGGGAGAUUUGAAUACUACGAAGAAGUCCCUCGACGACAUAGAACAGUACUCGAGGAGGGAUUGUUUAGAGAUUAAAGGCGUUCCGCUAACACCUACGGAGAACACGAACGACGUAGUAAAAAAGGUAGGCGAGCUUAUGGAAGUCGAAAUUUUAGAAGAAGACAUAAGCACAAGCCACAGGCUACCGGCUUCGAGACCGAAUCCCAACCAGCGCCCAGCUAAGCCAGGAGUACAUGUUAACACGCCGACUGCAUCAAUUAUUGUCAAAUUUGCACGCAGAGAUGUUCGAGACCGAUUUUAUGCCGGUCGGAAACAUCUCCGAGAUAAACCCGUACGGGACAUUGGUCUCACACGGUCCGAUAACAAGAUCUACAUUUCGGAAAGUUUGAGUCCAGGAAACAGGGAGCUGUUCAAGGCGGCGUUAAGCGCCAGGCAUGAUCUGAAGUUCAAGUACAUUUGGACGCAGAAUGGAAAAGUGUUCCUGAGGAAAAAUAACGACAGCCAAGCUGUGUUGAUCAGUAAAUCACAGGAUUUACUCCACCUCAAGCAACGAGAAGACCACCAUUCACAAGAGGUAGAGUCAGCAAAUUUAACAGGCACGUAAGUCAAGUACGUAUUGAUGUCUAAUUUAAAUGAAGAUUCCUGUCGACAGUCACUCAAGAAGGGCGAUAGAGCUAUUGAAUGUGACCAGUGCAUAUGUUGGUUUCACCUAAAAUGCACAUGCUUAUCGGUCCAAGAAUUUAGAUAUAUUUCGAAAACAAAUGAAUUUUGGUUAUGUGAAUCGUGCCGCUCAGAAACUUUUCCAUUCAAUAGCAUAACUAAGCCUGAACUUCUUGAUUUAUCAUACAAUUCGAAUUCUAGCUGUCUCUGCUCUAAG